AAAUCAACCAACAAUUUCACAGGGAUGAGGCUUCAGUUGAGAACCAGUGUGUUGUAAGGCGUUUAAAGACAUCCCAACUAAGCCUGGAAAUUGUAAUUUGUUAAGGGUGCUGGGAAUUGUAGCUCUGUGAGGGGCAAACUGCAGUUUCCAGGAUCGUUGGGCAGGGAUGCUUUAAAUGUGUGGUGUGUUGGCAAACCUAGACCAUGAAGGCCUAAAUUCAAAUCCCUACUUGGCCAUGAAACUCUCUGGGUGACCUUGGGCCAGUCACACACACAAAAAUACCACAGUGGACUCCUAGGAGGAAAGGUGAGGAAUAGGAUGGGUGUGUGCUGGGGCUCACGUUUCCCUUGUCCUAAGAAUGUCCAGAUGUGUCUGGAGGGCUUAGUGGUGAGAGAGCAAGCACUCCCAAUAUGCUCAGAGGCACUUGAUCGUAACUUUGAGAGGUGUGCUUUGGUGCCAGAAAUGGGUGGUGAAGCUCAACCUUGGCAAGCGCCAACUCCAAUUUUGUGCAGCCGGAGACUUAAGAGGAGCUUGACACACUCUUGGGCUCAUGACCCCAAGAGGUGGGGUAGGGGGUACACUUUGCACCUGCUGUUUGAAAUAAUUGCACCCAAAUAUUUAUCCUGAGUUGCAGGUUUUCUGGGAAAGGGAAGGUGGACUUGCCAAGCACUAGUUUAGAAUACGAAACAUCCUUCCCGGUUAUGAUGGUUGCCAGGGAAAGAGUCUGGAGAGAUGCUGCCAGCCAGUGGAGGCAAUACUGAACUCAAUGGGACAACGGCCUGACUCUGCCAAAGGCAGCAUCCUGUGUUCCUAUGAGAGGUGCUCACGAACCAGUAGCACUUUGUAUCAACUGGAGGUCUGUUCCAAAGGGUUCAAAAUGCUGCGCAUACCUUACAACAGCCCUGUGAGGUAGACUAGUGGCAGAUGUCUAACGGGACAGACAUGACAGUCCGACAAGUGUGCCCUUCCUCUGGAAUCCCAGCCUCCAGCUGGCCGGCUUUUGUUGGCUGUGCCUUCCUGGUGAUUAAUGUCUAAAAAAAGAAGGGGACCUGGGCGGAAUUACUCCAUGGCCAGGCAGCCUUGCAUGUAAGGCACAGUCAGUUAGAAAGAAUGCGGCUUCUGUUAACAGGCGAUCCAAAUCAGCUCAAACACACACGGGGGGAUACUCAGAGGCUUGUCUCAAGGGUCUCCGUUUGGUCUUCAUGGAUUCUUUCUCUAGGUCUGUGUGUGGUUGCUGAAGAUCGGGGAAACUUGCAAGAGGAGGUUUCUGGCCCAGGACGUGCUCAAGAGGACAAUGGAUCGACUGAAGGUCCCCCGCACCAGAGAGCUGGAAUUUGGAGGCGUCCUAGGGGCUGCCCUCCUUAUCGUCCUGAUGCCCACCACUGUCUUCUACCUCCUGUUGACUUGCAGAACGGAGCAGGCCAGCCUGUUGAACAUCCCCUAUCCUUUGCCCACCCUCCGCUCCCUGUGGGACCCCCGGGACUUUGUCCUAGUCUUGGCCUGGGUUGGAUUGCAAGCUCUCUUAUACAUGCUCCCGAUGGGGAAGCUCACAGAAGGGACCCCCCUGCGAGACAAGACCCGGCUCCAGUACCGGAUUAAUGGGUGCCAUGCCAUGGUGGUCACAGCGCUGGUGGUUGGAGCCGGCCUGGCGGCGGGACUGCGCCUCAGCUACAUCCACGACCAUUUCCUGCAGUUGGCCUUCUCUGCCUCUCUCGUGGCCUUCGGACUCAGCGCCCUCCUGUACCUCAAGGCAUUGCUUGCCCCAGAGGCAGCCCUGGCCCCAGGCGGGAACUCAGGAAAUCCCAUUUAUGACUUCUUCAUGGGCCAUGAAUUGAACCCACGGAUCAAUACCUUUGACCUGAAGUUCUUCUGUGAGUUGCGCCCAGGUCUCCUCGGAUGGGCCCUGAUUAACAUGGCCAUGUUGGUGAAGGAGACGGAGCUGAGAGGAAGCCCUUCCCUGGCGAUGAUCCUCGUUAAUGGCUUCCAGCUUCUCUACGUGGUGGAUGCCUUAUGGCACGAGGAGGCUGUUCUCACCACGAUGGACAUUGUCCAUGACGGUUUCGGCUUCAUGUUGGCUUUUGGGGACUUGACGUGGGUGCCCUUUUUGUACACCCUCCAGUCAUAUUUCCUCGUCACCCACCCGCAGAAGCUGAGCCUGCCCAUGGCUGGGGGCAUCACCCUGCUAAAUGGCCUGGGCUACUCCAUUUUCCGUGGUGCCAACUCCCAGAAGAAUGCCUUUCGCCGGAAUCCUGCCGACCCCAAAGUUGCUGGACUGCGAACCAUCCCCACGGCCACAGGACGGCGCCUGCUGGUGUCCGGCUGGUGGGGGUUUGUGCGUCACCCCAACUACUUAGGAGACCUCAUCAUGGCUUUUGCAUGGUCCUUGCCCUGCGGCCUGACCCACAUCCUGCCUUACUUCUAUGUCCUCUACUUCACCAUGCUUCUGAUUCACCGGGAAGCCCGGGACGAGCACCAGUGCCUGAGGAAGUAUGGCCUCGCCUGGCAGGAGUAUUGCCGCCGUGUCCCUUACCGGAUCUUCCCCUACCUCUACUGAGCCAUUGCUUGACAACUCA